CUCUCUCUCUCUCUCUCUCUUCACUCUAAUAGAAAGAGAGAAAAAAAGGAAAAAAAAAAAGAAAAGAAUAAAAAAGGUGUGAUUCUUUUGUUUAUAUUUGCUUUCUCCGUUUUAAGAAUCAGAAGUAGAUAGAGAGAAAAAUAAAGAAGAAGACAGAUGAUACAGAGAGAGAGAGAGAGAGAUAGUUGGCCCAGCGGAUCGACGUCGACGAUGAUGAUGAUGAUGAUCAUUUGAUUCUUAAGCUAAAAGCUUUCUUCUUCUUCUCUCUCCCAUCCCAUGGAGUUCGUGAUUUAGUCUCUCCUCUUAGAUUUUUCUCUCUUUCCGCUCCUUAUUUUUAGUAUUAUUAUCUCAGCAGAAAAACAAAAACACUUUUCAUUUCUUUAUUUUUCUUUCUCAUUUCGCAUAAAUCUUUGUCGCCGAGACGAUUUGUGUCUGAGAAACUGAGAAGAGGAAUGGGAGAAACAGUUCAUUGUGGAAGCUUCUUGUCCUCAAUGAGGGAUCUAAGUGAAGAUAUUUCCAAUACUUGUAGCUAUUCAAUGUAUUGUGGAGGUGAUAAAACUUUGCCUUAUGGGCAGUAUCAGAAUGGUUUCUCGGCGAGACCUCCAACGGAUUCUUACGAGAGAGAUUUUUUGAAACAAACAAUGCUUGAACAUGAAGCUGUAUUUAAGAAUCAGGUUUAUGAGCUUCACCGUUUGUAUAGAACACAGAAGAGUUUGAUGGCUGAAGUUAAGGGAAAGAACUUUGUUGAUCACUUGAACAACAAUGAGCCUACACCGGGAAGUGGGAUUAAACGAGGAUUUCUUUUCGGAAACUCGAUAUGUGGCGAAGGAAGCACCUCUCAAGAUUGCAAUGUUGGCAAGGACAACAAGGUGUUAGAGGUUAGACCUGUCAAGGUUAGGAGAACAAUGAUUGAUCUUCAACUUCCCGCAGAUGAGUAUCUCCAUACAGAGGGUGAUAAUACGACUUGUCCUCCUUAUGAGCAGUCAAAAGAAGUUGGUGAAAACAUCUUCUUUGAAUCUCAUCGGAACGAUUCUUCUGGAUCUUCUUUGCUUAUGAAGAACUCAAAUGGAUUUACUGACUUGAACGAGCCAGUCCAAUGCCAAGAUUCAGUACCUGUUUCUUCUUCUUCCAGGGACUUAUAUUCUCUUUAUGGAGCAAACAUUUCACACGUGCAAGGCCAGUGGGUGGAAAAAAAUACUAGUCAAAAUGGAUGGAUGGUUCUAGAAGCAGGGAACGGAAAAAGCACUCCAAGAGACAAGUUAUGCCUGCCUUCCCAUUCGGUACAAGUUCUUUCUAACAGUGCAUUUCAACCUCUGGGAUACCCUUCAACUGACCACAGCAAGUUAUCGGGCGAAAGAGCAUCUUUCAAAUGUGAAGUUCGUCAAAGGAAUCCUGAGGUUUCGUAUGAUAGCUAUGUGGAAUCAAGUGUGGCAUCAAAUGUUCCAAGCUUGAAUCAUGGAUAUCGCCCGGAAUCUGUCAGACCUUGGAGCCAUUGGAUUUCAUCAUGGGAGAACCGAAGUAGCAGCUCAGUUCAGAAACCUUUGCCACUUCAAGCGAAUCCAUUCUUGACUUUUAAUACUCAAGUACGAGCAGACUCAAGUGCAGAGAUGAGAAGCCGUGAUUCUAACGGGCUUAACCAAGGAUUCUCUUCAUUCUCGGAGGAAAGUGCCUUUAAUUUUCCAUCAGUAAACUUUAACCAUCUUAACAAUGGCCCAAAAGGGGCAGUUACUAAUGGUUCUUUGUGUGAGAGUGUGAUGCAUCAGAGUCUUAAAAACCUUCAAGGACCAAAAAAGCAGGAGUGCUCUUCUGGUUUGCCCUGGAUAAAACCUAAGCCCCUUAACAAAAAUGGAAAAACCAAUGGUGGUUUGGAUUUGAAUGCUUCUGCAAAUCAUCAAUUCAUGGAUGAACGUGAUAUGGGUGACAGCUCAAAUUAUGUACAUCCUCAGAAUGGUUUGAGGUCUGUUACAUGUUCUAAUGACGCCAACUUGAGACAUGUUGAAAUGGCCAAUUCACAGAGUCGUAGAAAGAUUCUUGGUUUUCCUAUCUCUCAGAAGCUUUCUAUUUGCGAGGAGCACCCUUCCCUUAUAACUUCUUCUGUGUGUAUCUCUAAUGAACCCAAGAAAGUAAACAACUUGGUGAAGAUAAACCUCGAUAUCAACCUGCCAUGUGAAGCCUCGGUUUCUGAAGGAGUUGUUGUGGACAAGGAAGAAGGUAAUAAAGCUGCCACUCACAGGCAGCACAUUGACUUGAAUUUCUGUGCUAGCGAGGAUGAAGAUUCCGGCUUCUGUUCUAAUCCAAGAGUGGAAACAAAAGCAACUACUUUGAUAAAUGUGGAAGCUCCCUUGACGCUUGAGAGUGAAGAAGAAGGAGGGAAAUUUCCAGAGAAGAGAGAUGAAGCUGGAGACUCUGUGGAUGAACUCAUCGAGGCAGCAGCAGAAGCUAUAGUCACUAUCUCACUGUCUUAUCAUUGCCGCAAUACUGAUGAAGCUGCUUCCUCUUCGACUGAUGCAGUUGACAAGGAGCCGCUCUCUUGGUUUGUGAACACAAUAGCUUCUUGUGGCAAUGAUUUAGAGAGCAAAAUUGAUGCUUGUUUGGAAGCCAGAGACUGUGAAGGCUGCCGUGAAGAAUGUUCUUCAGGUGAGUUUGAUUAUUUUGAGGCAAUGACCCUGAACUUAACACAGACCAAAGAAGAAGACUACAUGCCAAAGCCUUUAAUCCCUGAAUAUCUGAAAUUUGAUGGGACGGGUUCUAUGGGUAUCACAAGUAAUAGGCCAAGAAGAGGACAAGCGAGACGAGGAAGACCAAAGCGGGAUUUCCAAAGGGAUAUUCUCCCUGGGCUAGCUUCUCUGUCUAGGCUCGAAGUAACCGAAGAUCUUCAGAUGUUUGGGGGACUUAUGAAAGCCACAGGCUACAACUGGAACUCAGGAAUGGCCCGAAGGAGCUCAAACCGAGGAAGAAAACGACUGGUCAGCAACAUUGACAGAGCUCCGGUUUGCUCCUCUUUGGCACAGCCAAUGAAUAACAGUAGUGUACAAAUGGUGGGACUGGAAGAUAGGAGCCUUACAGGGUGGGGAAAUGCAACCAGAAGACCAAGGCGACAUAGGUGCCCUGCAGGUACUCCCCCAACAGUGCUAUUAACAUAAAGCUUUUCGAAAUAAAUCCGAUUUCACAAUUUGAGGAACAUUAUAGAGGGAAAAGAACCAGAGCAAGUAACAAUGGACAAAAACUGAUUUUCAGCGAUCGAUGUUUUAUUAUUGUCAAUCAACCCCAUGUUUGUGGGUGUUGGUUGCUCUUUGUAUAUCUUGUCCUCUCUUAUAAGGGCCAAAGAAAAGAAAACACAUGAUUGGUUAUCAUUACAAAAUCUGCAUCUCUGUUUUCU